UUUUCUAUCCCCCCGCCUCUUCCCUUUAUAUCCUCGAAAGAAUAAAUUAAAAACAUCAGAAAACAACAAUUUUAUAAACAAUUUAAAUUCAAAUAUAAGCCAACUACUUUCACCAGAUAUUUUUGCUUUUCACAACCAGACACUUUCUUUAUCCAAUUUAUUCCCCCUUGAAGCUAUUGGACAAAAAGAACAAAUAGAGUGGUUAGAUUUGUUAAUUAAUAUAACUGGAAUGAAUAAAAUUUUGGAUCAUUUAGUUAAUCAAUUAAAUCCAGAACUUUCCCAACUUGAAACAAAAAUUCUUCCAGCAAUUAAACAAAUUGAAACAAAAGAAGGGGAAUGGGGGAAAUUAAAAGCUAGUUUAAACUUUAAACAAAUUGAAAUGAUAAAUAAACUUGGAUAUACUUAUUUAUUUGAUUGGCAACAAAAAAUAAUAAGAAUUAACGAAAAUAAUAAUUGGAAUAAUGUAGAAAAUGCAGAAAAUGCUUUGGAGGAAAAAAUUGAAGCAAUUGCAAAUUUGGGGGAAUCAGAAACUUGGAAAACAUUAAAUUAUGGCAAUGUUCCUUCAUUCCAACAAGCAAGAAAAAAACGUCAGGUUGGUGGCUUGGCACCAGAUACAGAAAUUGGCGUUCAUCCAAUCCCUAGAAUAUUAACUUUGGAGCCAUUUGCUUUUGAUACUCGACUGGGAGGUGUUGUGCUAGAAGGCUUAUUUUUAUCGCCUCACGCAUUCUACAGAGAAAUAAUUUCCCCUGAAAUAUUGACGAUUCGUUUACUUUCCCCAGUCGCCUUUUACGCAACAAUUCUUUCUCCUAUGGCAGUAUUUGCACGUGUUCUAAGCCCUGAAGUAUUCAAAGCUCAAAUACUGACACCCCAAGUUUUAGACACUUAUACUCUCAGUCCGGAAGCUUUUAUGGCAGAAGUGAGAAGCAAACAGAAGAUUUAA